CGGGUCACCAGGCAUCAGGUCAUUUGGCUCGACCGCGGGGCACCGCGUCAUCUGGCAAGGCAGUGGGCUCCGAGUCAACUGGUAUGACCGCGGGCACUGGGUCAGACAUUGGAUCGUCUGACUGGACAGCGGGCAUCGGGUCACCAGGCAUCAAGUCAUUUGGCUCGACAGCGAGCACCGCGUCAUCUGGCAAGGCAGUGGGCUCCGAGUCAACUGGCAUGACCGCGGGCACCGGGGCAGACAUUGAAUCGUCUGGCUGGACAGCGGCAUCGGGUCACCAGGCAUCAGGUCAUUUGGCUCGACAGCGGGCACCGCGUCAUCUGGCAAGGCAGUGGUCUCCGAGUCAACAGGCACGACAGUGGGCACCGGGUCAUCAGGUACCGGAUUGUCUGGCUCGACAGCGGGCAUCGGGUCAUCAGGCAUCAGGUCAUUUGGCUUGCCAGCGGGCACCGCGUCAUCCGGCAAGGCAGUGGGCACCGAGUCAC